CUUGUUUUUCUUUUCUCUAUUGUUAUUAUUUGAUUUAUCCUCUUAUAUGUUAUUGAUUAUUCACUAAAGUGUAGUAUUAUAUUCACUGAUAAUCCGCCUUCCAAAAGUAAAUAAUGGAUUUACCUUAUAAAUCAUCCACUCAACUUAUUUACCCUGCACCUGUUGGAAAAGAGAGAGUGUUUGCUUUACAACAUCUUGGAUGUACAUUUAAAGAAGGUGAUCAUGACGUUACAAAGAUCGCCACUCCCGCUAUUACUGAUACUCAAGAAGACCUCAUACCUACCUUUAUGGAUGCUGAAAUGGAUAACAAUACGACAUCAUCAUCAUCAUCAACCGAAUCAAACCCAAUGAUGGAUCAUAAAUCAGGAUAG